AUGCCGAACGCCUCAUGGGAAAGUCGCGCUGCAGCGAAACGAGCAAAUAUUCUCAGCGCCAUACCGCCAGAAUGGCGAAUACCAAUGCAUCAAAUUCCGUCGGCGGAAGCAUGCCCCCGUGUUACUGAAUUUGCACGACAGUAUCUCUCUGAAGAGGAGCUCGUCAUCACUGAGACGCCCCCGAUGGACACGCUGGUCCACAUCCACGCCGGGAUCUGGUCCGCUGAAGCGGUAGUUCGCGCUUACUGUCAUCGGGCAGCCAUCGCGCAUCAACUCGUCAAUUGCCUAACGGAUGCUUUCUUCGACGUGGCGAUCAGCACUGCGAUGCAAUUAGAUCAGUAUCAUCGUGACACGGGCACUUUGAAGGGACCGCUCCAUGGACUACCAGUAAGCUUCAUGGAUCGAUUUCGAAUCACUGGGAGGGAGACAGCAGCGGGAUACGUAGCAUGGCUUGGACGGAUCGAGAGCGACGCCACGGAGUCUCUCAUUGUUCGUCACAUGCGCUCUCUCGGCGCGAUACCUUUCUGCAAAACUGCUACUCCCCAAAGCAUGAUGUUGGCAGAGACGACAAAUAACAUUCAUGGUAGCACGCACAAUCCCCAUAAUCGAUUACUGUCAAGUGGUGGCGCUGCAGGAGGAGAAGGUGCGCUGUUGGCGAUGAGAGGGUCACCUGUCGGUUGGGGAACAGAAUUUGCUGGCUCCACGCGAAUCCCGGCGGUGUUCAACGGACUCUACAGCCUCAAAGUGUCUUGCGGUCGACUUCCAAUGCGUGGGGUUGCUAAUGUUCGAACCAGCCUUCCCUCUCACAAUUCCACGAUAGCCAUGAUUUCGUCGGAUUUUGCCUUUCUUCAGCACAUAGCCAAGCUGUCGCUGGGCAUUUCCAACCGAGAAGAAGAUCCUGCAUGGCUCGAUAUGCCAUGGAGACAAUCCAAGAUCAGGGAACUAAGCAUGCGACGCCCGGUAUAUGCGGCGCUGGAAUUUGAUGGACAUGUCCAACCUCAACCACCUGUCCGCCGCGCGUUGAGAUCUAUCAUUCAGCAUCUGCGAGGUGCGGGUUACCAGGUCAUUGAUUGGAAUCCUCCAGCACACGCACUGGCAGUUGAAACCUACUUCAAAAUCAUCGGCGCCGAUGGUGCUCAGUCGACACGGGAUCAAAUUAAAGCUAGUGGAGAACCACCGGUUCCAAGACUGAAGGACUGGUAUUACAACCAGGCUCCACAGCCGCUCCCGUUGCCAGACUAUCUAGCCCUCCUAGGAUCUCAGGAAGCCUACCGCGCAGAGUACCAAACCUACUGGAAGUCGACCGCGAAUCUCACCGUCAGUAAGCUCCCCGUUGAUGGAGUUAUUUUGCCUGUCUGUGCCAAUGCAGCAUGUUUCGAAAACACAUUGAGCUAUUUUGGAUACAGCGCCAUUGUCAAUCUUCUGGACUUCACCGCAGUAACGUUUCCUGUGGGUUUGAUCGACAAGGAUAUGGACCCGAAACUAGACUCGUUGUUCGCUCCAGUCAGCAAAGAAGACGAAGCUACACACCAAUCCUAUGAUCCCAAGGCAUUCCACGGUGCACCCGUGGGUCUACAGCUGAUGUGCCGAAGAACGGAAGAAGAGACUGCCCUUAAACUUGUUGAAAUGAUUCUUCAAGCUCAAGCGCAGACUCCAACCUUUUUUGGUUGA